AUGGCCAGAGUAGAGAGGGUCGAACAAGGGCGGCUGGCAAGGCCAGUCAUUGGCUCCUACGGCCGACAUGGCCAGCCGCUGGCUCCCGCGGCCGGUCACGACCAGCCGUUGGCUCCGCAGUCAGCCGCAGCUAGCCGCUGGCUCCCACGGCCGACCGCGGCUAGCCGCUGGCUCCCGCAGUCGGGCACGGCCAGCUCCCGCGGUCGGCCGUGGCCUCCCACGGUGGCCAGCGAGAGGCACGACAUCUCGCGCGCGGCCAGUGCGAGGCGCAACCUCCCGCGGCGACCAACACAAGGGGCGACCUCUUGCGCCAGGACAAUGGCAACCGCCGGUGGAUGGGUUUCGAUGAUUAUGUUUCUGAAAUAUUAUGUUGAUGAUAAAUUAGGUGAAAUAACAAUGUUGAGGUAUUUUAAGAAAAUACGAGAUGAACCUACUUCAAACAAGUCAUCUCCCCCUCCACCACCUCCUCCUCCUCCGCCUCCUCUACCAGCUCCUCUUGAUGCUGACUCAAAUGAGUAUCCUAGUGAUCCUGGGCUAAGAAAGCACAUUCUUAAGUAUAAUGUUAAUGAAAGGGAGAUUGUUCGACGUUACUAUUUGCAAAAAGGUCCUUUUCAACCUAAAAAUCAUGAAUUUCCUUGGCGUUCUUGUCCCAAAGAGAAACGAAGAUUUCGAGCUAUAUGGUUUAGUCUUCAUCCUAAUUGGCUAGAAUACAGCAUUGCAAAAGAUGCGACUUUUUGUCUUUAUUGCUAUUUAUUCAAAGCGGAUCAUGGUGGUCAAAGUGGUGGUGAUUCUUUUGUUACUGAGGGAUUUAAAAAUUGGAGAAAGAAAGAAAAAUUUAAUGAACAUGUUGGAAAUCAGAGCAGCAUUCACAACAGGUGCAUGAUGGCGGCUUAUGAUUUAAUGAAUCAAAAACAACAUAUUGAAACUUGUUUGGUCAAUCAGUCUAGUCAAGUAGCUAUUGAUUAUCGUGUUUGUUUGACAGCAUCAAUUGAUUGCAUAAGAUUUCUUGUGCGUCAAGGAUUAGCAUUUCGUGGUCAUGAUGAAUCAACUAACUCACUCAAUCAUGGUAAUUUUCUUGAAUUGUUAAGAUUUCUUGCUGACCAUAAUGAGGAUAUCAAUAGAGUUCCACUAGACAAUGCUCCCUCAAAUCUCAAAUUGACAUCGCCUGAUAUUCAGAAAGAUAUUAUCAGAUCCAUUGCUUAUUUAACCACUAAUUCUAUUCUUGGAGAUCUCGGUGAUGAAUUAUUUACUAUAUUGGUUGAUGAGGCUCGUGAUAUAUCUGUUAAAGAACAAAUGGCAUUGCUUUACGAUUUAUUAUCUAUAUCUAAUUUGCGGGGGCAAGGAUACGAUGGAGCUAGCAAUAUGAAAGGAGAAUUCAAUAGCUUAAAAAGCUUAAUUAUGAUGGAAAAUCCUUCUGCUUAUUAUGUUCAUUAUUUUGCUCAUCAACUGCAACUUACACUUGUAGCUGUUGUUGAAAAUCAUAUAAGAAUUUCUACUUUUUUUGAUGUGGCUGCACAAUUGAACAAUAUUGUUGGAGCGUCAUGCAAGCGAAGAGAUAUACUUCGUGAGAAACAAUUUGAAAAAGUUAUUAAAGGAAUUUGCAAUUGUGAUAUCUUCACUGGACAAGAGGAGGGAAAAGAUCACAAGCAAAGGGCACAAGCAAAUAAUCUGUUGGAAUUGAUUAGAAAAUAUGAAUUUAUAUUUCAGAUGCACUUAAUGAAGAAUAUCUUGGGAGUCACGAAUGAUUUGUCGCAAGCUUUACAAAGAAAAGAUCAAGACAUUGUAAAUGCCAUGAUUCUUGCAAGAUCAAGCAAACAUCAAUUGCAAACUAUGAAAGAUGAUGGUUGGGAUUUGUUACUGAAUGAAGUUUCUUUAUUUUGUGUUAAGUAUGAGGUAGUCACCCCGCGCAUGGAAGACUUGUUCGUCUUUCAUGGGAGAUCACGACGAAAUAUUGAAGGAAGGACAAAUCUUCACUAUUACCGUGUUGAAACGUUUUAUGAAGUGAUAGAUUUGCAACUUCAGGAGUUGAACAGUCGCUUUAACGAGGUGAACACGGAGUUGUUGUUGUGUAUGAGUUGUCUUGAUCCAUCAAAUUCAUUCUCUGCUUAUGAUAAGAGAAAAUUACUUCAGUUUGCUCAAUUUUAUCCAUCCGAUUUUUCCCCAAUAGAGUUAAUGCAUCUUGAGCCCCAACUUGAUAACUUUAUUUUUGAUAUGCGGAGUAGCAAUCAAUUCUCUGAGGUUGUGGGGAUUAGCCAGCUUGCUAAAAGGAUGGUUCAAUUGAAAAAACAUCGUUUGUAUCCUUUGGUGUAUUUACUUUUGAAGUUAGCAUUGCUAUUACCUGUUGCAACUGCAACUGUAGAGAGAGUGUUUUCAGCAAUGAAAAUAAUCAAAACCUCACUUCAAAAUCAGUUGGGAGAUGAUAUGGUAAAUGAUUGUUUGAUACCAUAUAUUGAGCGAGAUGUGUUUGAUACCAUUGAUAAUGAAGCUAUUAUUCAGCAUUUUCAAAAUAUGAAAUCUCGAAGAGUGAUAUUGUAA